AUGACAGAUCCCCAACUCGUUACAGUCAUGGAUGGUGAUAUGCUCAAACAAGGCCUUGGAUUGAAAGCGGAAGAACUUGCUCUGCUCCGUACCCAGACUAAUAUAAUUGUGCAUUCGGCGUCUUCAAUUGCUCUUCUCCAACCAAUUGAGAGGCUUGUUGGCCCUAUUAUCAGCGCCACGGAGAAUUUAGCCCAGCUGGCCAUGGGAUUUGAUCGGCUUGAGUGCUUCGUUUUUGUCUCGACGGCAUACUGCAACGCUCAUCUGUUUGCCCAGAGUGAUGGAACCUCGACCCUGAAGGUACAAGAGUCCUUGUACCCGCUGAAUUGUGCGGGAAUGGGCAACGACGCAGAAAUAGAUCUGAAGAAAGAGUGGCAAGAUGUAAAAAGCAUGGGAAGCUCAUCUGCAUGUCGCAAUAACGACUUUCCUUGGCCCUACGGAUAUGCAAAACACCUGACGGAGCGCCUUUUGGACUAUACAUUUGCUUCUUCCAACAUACGUUUGCUUAUUAUACGACCUUCCAUAAUCGAGCCUGCUCAAUGUUUCCCAUAUCGCCAGUUCUGCAUUCCCAUGUCGACUCCUCAUAUCAUCUUUACGGCAGCACUCGCUUUAACUCUGUCGCGGAACAUAUGCUUCUCCUCGAGAUUUGACGAUCCAUAUCAUGACUCGAGUAUAGACUAUGUACCUGUGGAUGUUGUUGUGGACCGAAUUCUUGCUCAUGUCGCGUACGGGACUCAUGGCCCUGUGCAUACUGUUGCAGGCCCUGCACGGAUAUCUUUUCGUGACACAUGGGAGCGCACACUACCUCUGCGUCGGAUGCCCUGGGAUCUGCACCUAACAUGGACGCGCCAGUCAUGGCACUCUAAGUCUAUCCAUCCUCUUGGCCGGAUUUAUCGUACUGUUGGGACAUCUUUCGAAUUUACGGAGGCGAAAACCAUAUCUCUGUGGCAAAAUUUAUCUGACCUCGAUCGCUCAGGUCUUCACCUGUUUGCUGAUCUAGAUAUUUUGUAUUACGACCAUGGGCACGUGCGGAGCGACCAUCUGUGGGAAAGCAUGAUGCAUUUGACCAAAAAUCGUCGUUGGGCUCGAAGACUCGUCAAGCUUCUGUACCGUUCUUUGGACAAGUCUUCCUCUUCCAAGAUCGAAACACCGGGGUGUGCAUGUCUUACAAUAAAUGAGACCCUGGCUACACAGUGA